AUGCCACCUGGUUGUUGGUUGCGUGCCACCCAGCCAGCAGCUGAUGGAGCAGGGGCAGUAGGACUAAGAGAGGCAGGAGCAACGUACAUAGAGUCAUCGGCAUCAGUGGCCACAUUGGCCUCCAUUUCAUCAAUUGCAUCCACGUCGGCGGCAGCUAUGGCAGCGCUCAGGGCUCGUCCCUAUUCGGUAGCACCGUUCAUGGCUGCCUCGGCUCCGCCCACACCUCAUCCACAUGCGGCUAAUUCAACGUCCACGGCCCGCACAGCACCGGCCACUCCCAUGCGACGGCGCAUCAUCAACGACGACGCGGAGCGGGAUGUUUUAGAGAUGCUUGAUCUUAAUGCUUCCCACAUGGAGGAGUCGCAGCCAUAUCCCAAGUCCAAAUCUCAGCGCAUUUUCUGGCGCAAAGCGUUGCGUCGCGUCUUCCAGCGCCGCAAGUGACAUCAGCUGCGGCGUCGACGGCAGGACUUGCCCCGCUGGCAUCGUCCCACCCGUCGCUGCCGGCGUCGCAACCUGGCCGAGCGUGUGCGUCGCGUCUGCGCCUGCUGCGCUUACGGACAGAUCCUACUGCGGGCCGCCCGCGUUGCUCUGCUCAGCUGCAUCCGUUGGCGAACGCGAGGCAACAUACGCAACAGCAACUUCUACUUUAGCAAUCACUAAACAGCACAGCCAACAUCAUCAAUCUGCAACCUCAACCAGCGACCGCCGACCAGCAAACAGCAACCACGAAGAGGCCCCAAAUAUGCCUGCUCUACAUCAGCUCCCACGUGAACCAAUUUGAAUUAUAGUUUUUAAUGUUAAUGAUGAGAUAUCCAUUCGGUUUAGUUUUUAGAUAUGCCAGGUCUUUAUUUAUUUCCUGUGUUUUACAUCGACAAUUAGACUAUUUUCGUUGGUACAUAAGAAAGUAAACCCUGUAUUACCACCUACACCUCCUACCCACUAAUCCUGUACAUGGGACAUGCCUCACUGCCAGAGCACUUUGCCUGGUCCGUGCUCAUGCCUGUGCCCGUCCCCGUGCCCGUACCCAUACCCGAACCCAAAUCCGUGCCCGUAGUCCCACCAUCCAACUUGUUGGUGAGCUAAUAGACAGAAUCCCAUAACACGAAUCAGUUAAUCGCAAGGGUCCCCGUCCCAUCCGAUACAAGCAUACAAUAUAUAGAUAAAUGUCUUUGUUAGUGUACAUUUAGCCAAGAGGCGAAUCGGCAAACGUUGCAUACGAGUACAUAGCGAGUUUAUAGCGAACAUACAUAGUUAAUUGAACCAGAGUCCAUUGGUCUGCGAGGGCCGCGAAGUUGUUUUUUUAUGAGCAUAUGUCGAUUGAAAUGGAAAUGUACAUGGGAAAGCAUUAAUUGAGCUGAACAUAACAAUAAUAAAAACGUAGCUAAUUAGUUAAACCUCGGGUGGAGUGACCGUCUGAAUAAUCUGAAAUUAAAUUACGUGUAGUGGAAGAAAAAACAGACCAGAACCUCGAGAGCACUAGUAAGAGCACUACCCAGAAAAAAAAAACAACAACUUAAGUUGCAACAGCCACAAGUGAAUCCAAUCCUUACAUCUUAAGCGGAACAAAUUAGUAUGCAAAAAAAAAAUAUCAAUGUAGCUGCCACUAACAAAAAAUAUUGUUCAACAUUUAAUAUUAGCGCAACAAAAACACAAAAACUAAUUAAACAAAAUAUCGGUAGAGAACUAUUUGAAACUCUCACAACCAACAAACACACACACACACACACACACAAUUUUGACACACUUACGAAUACUAAAAGGCAAUUUCACUCACUUUCUCUCCGCAUACACACAAAUGCAAAUGUAUCCCAGAAGGCCACUUUAGUUAAGGCUAGAACUUAAAAUGUUUUCGGCAAUAGAUACGAUACGCGAUACUCGAUACUCGAUAUGACAUGAUGUAAUAUUAUGUGAUGUGAUUGGCUAGAGGAAAGCUUAUCCAGAGAUGCCUAACUGAUGGUGAGCUAGAGGAUUGUUCAAUGUGUCUGUGUCCUUAAUCGACUAUUUACUAUAUACAUACGAGUGCAUACAUACAUACACACAUACAUAUAUAUAUGGAUAAGUGGCCUUAUUAAUUCAAUUCUCCCUGCACCACACCGAGGCACACCCCACAGAUACACACUAAGCCCAGCCAAUCACAAUUGAAGAUUUCUAAACAGAAAACCUUAUUGCAAAACUGAUUGAUUUCCUCUAAGAUAACUUAAAUAUGACGCGAAAAUAUUGUAACUUGAGGCAAAUAAGCUAAUAUCGAGCUAAACUAAACUUAAAGCAAAUGUCUAAGAUGUAAUAGAACAGCUAAACGAUCCAUAAUUGUUAGCCACAAUCAAUCUACGAUGUCAUCAGAUUAAUCAUUAACGGAAAUUCAAUUAUCUUCGGCUGGCCGAUGUUUCGACAUACAUAUACUCUUUGAAAAUCGCCAAGACUUCUAAAAGAGAAGCUUAACUAAACAGAUAAACUGAUAUCUCAGAGGUGGAGAGGAAAGGUGGGGAAAGUCUACAUGGAGAGGACCCAAGAUGAACAAUUCUAUUCGAUUCAGAAUCAGGAACCCAGCUGCCGGAUCGCAAUUCCAAUAUGUUCUCACGCUUUCAAAGAGUAUGAUUAUGAAUUAUACGAUACGAUACAUAAUUUAUUGAUGUAGUUAUAAACAAAAUAAACAACAACAAAUUACACAAAUUGGAAAACAA